AUGGCCUUCGAAUUCGACUCCACCUUGCAAUGGGCCAGGACAUAUCUUCCACCCAUCACUGUCACUGUCUUCUACUUCCUGUACGUCAAUCGUGAGCAAAUAGCAACACAUCAUGCACUAGAGGCCGGCGAAACUUUGUGCUGCAUCUUCGCCGCCGUCAAAUUGCUGCUGGGUUGGACGCCAAAUUUCGGCGGCGUCCUUGACUUCCUCUUCAUCUCCAUCUUCUUGUCGAUUCACAUUCUCCAACAAUAUGGUCGUUGUGGAGUUGCGGCACAGUCGUCAGGCAUCGUGUCCAAACGCAAGACACUCACAUCAUCGAGACGACUACCAACGUCACCAACAUACCGCGAGGAUGAUCCGUCCGCACCGCGUUGUGCCGCAAAUUGUGAGGGCAUAGGCGCAGUAUCUUACCAGUAG